AUGAAUCCCAGCGCUCUUCUCGGGCUAUUGGCCUUUGCGGCCGCAGUCUCCGCUGCUCCUUCACAUCACCAGAAUGCCCACUCCUCUUCCUCGAUCAAGAACCUCAAGAACCACAUCAAGAAUGUCGUUAUCCUGGAGAUGGAGAACCGCUCAUUUGACAACCUUCUCGGAGGACAAACCCUCAAGGGCCUCGAGAACCCUAUCAACAAUGGACCCUACUGUAAUCCCUACAACCUGACUGACUCAUCUCAGGGUCAUGUUUGCAGUGGAGCUAAGGACUUCGACUCUAUUCUUGAUGACCCCGAUCACUCGGUCACUGGAAACAACAUUGAGUUCUACGGCACAUUCACUCCCAGUAACGAGGCAAUUGCCUCCGGCAAGCUCACUCCCCACCAGAAGGGCUUCGUUCACGAGCAAUUGCGCCGCUAUGGUGACGAUGUCGACAAGACAGAACUGGCCAAGCAGGUCAUCAACUACUAUACCGAGGAUGAGGUCCCAGUCUUCACAUCCUUGGUGCAGAACUACCUGACCUUCAACCACUGGCACUCCGACCAUCCUGGCCCCACCAACCCCAACCGUGCCUUCGUCCUCUCCGGUACCUCCUCCGGCCAUGGCACCAAUGACGACUCAUUCUACGAAUACGGUCUAACCCAACGCUCCAUUUUCCAACAGCUCUCCGAAACCAACCACACCUGGAAGAACUACUACACCAACACCGAAAUGGUCGACGCCUGGUUCUACAACUGGACCAUCACCAGCGGCAACAAAGGCCUUGCCCAGCCCCUAACAUCCUUCUACUCCGACGCCGCCAACGGCACCCUCCCCGAAUUCAGCUUCAUCGACCCAUCCUGCUGCGGUGUCGGCACAAACUCAAUGCACCCAACGGGCCUGAUCUCCGACGGCGAGACAUUCAUCAAGAACGUCUACGAUGCCCUCCGAGCCUCGCCCCAAUGGGAUGAAACCCUCUUCAUCCUCACUUUCGACGAAACGGGUGGUUUCCAUGACCACGUCCCGCCCCCGCUGGCUGCCCGACCCGAUGACCUCACGUACACCGAAACUGCGCCUAACGGCCAGAACUACACUUUCUCCUUCGAUCGUCUCGGUGGUCGUAUUCCUACUAUCCUGAUCUCGCCUUGGGUUGGUAAGGGAUUGGUUGAGCAGAAGGGUAAGGAUUCGAAUGGAAAGACAGUUUCUUAUUCGGCUUCUUCUAUUUUGCGCACUUUGGGCUAUCUUUGGGACUUUGAGCCAUUCACUCCGCGAGUUGGGGCUUCUCCUUCGUUUGAUCAUCUUGUUCGCACUGUUAAGCGUGAUGAUACGCCGACUGCGCUGCCGGAGCCGAAUGCUUUUAAAGCCAGGCACUGA